ACGACGCCUCUUGCUCUUCCCCUUCAUCAUGGACAAAGCCGACCUCGAACAGUACCAGCUCCAGCUCUCCCAGGUUGAGACCGCCCUCGAGGCCGACCCCUCCAACACAGAACUGUCAGAACUCCGCAAUGAGCUAAAGCAGCUCAUCGACCUGACAGAGCAGGCACUCGCGCAAGCCUCAUCCUCCAAAGCCGCGGAAACAUCACGCAAAUCCGCAUCCGCCACCCCUUCACAUUCCUGGUCCGCCGGCGACGAGUGCUUAGCAAAGUACUCUGGUGACGGCCAGUGGUAUCCCGCGCGCAUCACCUCCGUCGGUGGCUCCGAGUCGAACCGCGUGUACUCCAUCGUCUUCAAGGGCUACAACACCACCGAGCUCGUCAAGGCGGCGGAGAUUAAGCCCCUCCCCGCAAACCACCAGAGCGCACCUAUAACAGGAAAGCGCAAGCUGUCAAAGACGGAGGAGGAGGAGCGCGAGCGGAAGAAGAAGAAGAACGAGAAGAAAUUGGAGGUGCGCGCACAGAAGGCCAAGGAGCAGGUCGCGAAGCAGGCUACCUGGCAGAAGUUCACGAAGAAGGCGGAGAAGAAGGGCGUCAACAUUGCGGGCGUGUCGGGGACCAGUAUCUUCAAGACGCCUGAUAAUCCUAUGGGUCGCGUGGGUGUGACGGGGAGCGGGAAGGGUAUGACAACGGUUCAUAUGCCUGGCAAGCAUAAGUUCGAGGUCCGGGACGAAGAGUGAGUCAUCCGCCGCACCUGUUUAUGCCGCAAGCAUACAAGAUUGUGGACCUGGACGGUCAUGCAUAUGUGAAGUCCUCGUCAUUCCUCUGCCCACCUACAUAGUCUUAAUUGUAUCGAAUAUCUCUUGCGCAGCUGCAGACCACCCGUCACUUGCCCCGUCGGACCCACACAAGCCAUA